CAUUCAUAUCCCCAUUUAACCUGUUCAAAUAUUUAGGUACGUACCGAGUGCCGAUCAUUCGAUACAACCAUGAGCAUUCGCGGAUCCGUAAUUAUCCCCGAGUUCGUGAGUGGCUUGGGGUUCAUUGGAAAUCAAAGUGGUAUAGAGACUAAUGAUAUGCAUCAUGAUGAUCGGACCCAUGACAGCCGGCCCCCAUAUCGUCAAUACAAUUGAUCAUGUCAGAAUAUAAAAGGGCUGCAGAACUUCAGCGGUCUUCGAAAAGCGCGAAUUAACUCAGUUGACGUUUACAACACAAGCGUUCUAUCCAUCUCACAGAUUCUCGUUCACAAUGGCUCCAAAAUCCAUGAAGCAGUGGUCGUUGCCCGAUUUCAACGGGUUCGACAGUCUGAAACUGGAAGAAGUCCCGGUGCCCGAAUGUGGAGAUGAUCAAGUCCUCGUCAGACUGACUGCCGCUUCUCUGAAUUACCGUGAUCUUAUCAUCUCCAAGGCAAAAUAUCCAUUUCCGACGAAUCCAGGCGUUGUCCCAGGAAGCGAUGGUGCCGGCGUCGUCGAAGCCGUGGGCAAGCGUGUCCGGCUGUUCAAACCUGGCGAUCGUGUUGUCACGCUAUUCAACCAAAGACAUCUGGCCGGACGGCUGACAGACGACAUGAUCUACAAUGGUUCGCUCGGGGGUAAUGCCGACGGUACCCUUCGAGAGUACGGCGUGUUCUCGGAACAUGGGGUUCUAAAGACGCCCAGUAAUUUGAGUGACGUGGAAGCUAGCACGCUGACUUGCGCUGGUGUGACUGCUUGGAACGCGUUGUUCGGUAUGAAAGACCGGGCGAUCAAGCCGGGUGACACCGUUUUGACGCAGGGCACUGGCGGUGUCAGCCUCUUUGCCGUCCAGUUCGCGAAAGCGGCCGGCGCCACCGUCAUCGCAACGACCUCAUCCGAAGAAAAAGCCCAGCGACUCAGGAAGCUCGGCGCGGACCACAUCCUCAACUACAAGGAGAACCCCAACUGGGGCGAAGCAGCGAAGAAUCUGACCCCGAACAAGGUCGGCGUUGACCAUGUGAUUGAAGUUGCCGGCCCAAAGUCCAUGGAACAGUCCCUCGCCGCCGUGAGGAUCGAGGGUGUUAUCACUAUAAUUGGCUUCUUGGGGGGGGUCGUAGCGCAGAACGAGCCCGGAUUUCUCAAUGCGCUAACUCACCAGUGCACUAUCCGAGGAUUGCUGGUUGGAUCACGCCUCCAAUUUGAGGAUAUGAACGCGGCGGUCGAGUCUCAAAACAUCAAACCAAUCGUCGACGAGAGGAUCUUCAAAUUCGAUCAACUGAAGGAGGCAUAUCAGCACAUGUGGGAUCAGAAGCAUUUCGGCAAGGUUGUUGUCAAGUUCGAUUGAUCUGCAAAUAGGAAGAGUUGUCUGGCUUCGUUGCAACUGAUAUUGUCCCCCAAUUAUUGGCUAUAUAGUGGUAAAUAUGCAGGAACGAGCUCCGGUCUAUAGACAUAUUGUUCUUUCUAAGUUACCUCCUGUUCACUGCU